AUGCGCUGGAAAGUUGAUGCGCCGAGUGCGCCCAGACCUACAGUGCCAGUUAUCAAUGAGGUGUUGGCACCAAGAUGGUUCCGUCGAUAUGCCACACGUACACAGCGAUAUGCCACACGUACACAGCGAUAUACCACACGUACACAGCGAUAUGCCACACGUACACAGCGAUAUACCACACGUACACAGCGAUAUACCACACGUACACAGCGAUAUACCACACGUAUACAGCGAUAUACCACACAUACACAGCGAUAUGCCACACGUACACAGCGAUAUACCACACGUACACAGCGAUAUACCACACGUACACAGCGAUAUGCCACACAUACACAGCGAUAUGCCACACGUACACAGCGAUAUGCCACACAUACACAGCGAUAUGCCACACGUACACAGCGAUAUGCCACACAUACACAGCGAUAUGCCACACGUACACAGCGAUAUGCCACACGUACACAGCGAUAUACCACACGUACACAGCGAUAUGCCACACGUACACAGCGAUAUACCACACGUACACAGCGAUAUACCACACGUACACAGCGAUAUGCCACACGUACACAACGAUAUACCACACGUACACAGCGAUAUGCCACACGUACACAGCGAUAUGCCACACGUACACAGCGAUAUGCCACACGUACACAGCGAUAUGCCACACGUACACAGCGAUAUGCCACACGUACACAGCGAUAUGCCACACAUACACAGCGAUAUGCCACACGUACACAGCGAUAUGCCACACGUACACAGCGAUAUGCCACACGUACAGAACAAUAUACCACACAUACACAGCGAUACACCACACACAUACACAGUAAACGGUUUACUAAGUAUGGACUCUGCCUUCUGAAGCAGCUCUUGUGA